AAGAUCAACCCGCGGGUGCAAUCCACAACACCCCCAUCUGCAUCUGCUACUUGCAAUGCCACCUAAAUCUCACAACCAGCCACAACUGCCCCCAAAGGCUCCAUCUAAUCUUUCUCUUUCCUAUCGCUCAUCGUCUUCACAUUUGUCUGGACAAGGAAGAAAUGCGGUCAAGAAUGGGUCCAGAAUGGGAUUGGGGCGGGUGAAUGCAGGAGGUGGAAAGAGGACAAGAGGAACUGCUAAUGGAGAGAGGGAGAAAGAUGUUAUCGGGUUGAUAAAUGAUAAAAAUUGGAAAGAUCGACUAGAUAAGGAACUGAAAUCCCAGAGAGAGUGGAGUGAAAGAUGGGGUUGUUUGGUUGAUCCUUUGUUGUACUCGAGUAAUCCCCUUCAAGAAUCUUGGAAGCCACAAGCACGUCCACAUAACAGCCCUUUCAGCAUUCUCAACCCCCCAGGAAAUAAUGUCCUUCCAAAUUCACCACCACCGACGCCGCCAGACUACAUUCCGGCAACAUAUAAAGUCACGGGCGACAGAAGCAACUACCUCUCCGGAUCACCGAAUCUCCGUGCUCGCCCUACCCCAAACCUUCUCUUUGACACUACGUCAAGACCACCACCAGCUGCUUAUACUGCUCCAUUUGCAACAGCAACACGAGUUUCAAAAUCGUCACUGCCGAAACAAAAUCGCGGAACACUUCCGAUUCGUCAUAAGCAUCAGUCAAGAGCCGACCCGCAAGCUGUUUAUAAAUAUCCACCCACUACGAAUACAGAAUAUGGAUGGGCAUGGGGUGGAAUGAGGACCUUGGAGAUAUAUGGGAGUACGAACGCUAAUUUUGUAAAGGAAGGCUGGAAGAGAUUAGCAGCCAAGGGCAGCAUGUAGUCCCAUCAUGCUCUGCUUAGAACCUUUUGUCAUCUUGAACGAUGCAUCCGACUUUUUCGUAACUGAAAUACUAUUAUUUAACAUAA